AUGACUAUUAUUGAUGGUAAUUGAAAAUUUCUAACACGAAAGAUAAUUUUCGACUUUCUUCCAUUUCUAAUUAGAUAAUUUCGUCCAUUUCUAGCUAUUGGGGGAAAGUUAUUAAUGAAUUAUGUUACAUCAUUACGAAACAUAAAAUUAACACGUUGACUGCCACGCGCAUGAUAUACACGUUUCGUUUACAAGGCAGAACAUUUAAUUUCUACGAGAUAUUACGUUAAUCAUAAUCCAAUUGUUUGAAAUUCCUUGUUAAUUCCUUGUUCAUCUCGUUUUAAUUGUUCUAAAAUAUUUAUACAAACAGGGACGACUAGUCAGCGUGUUAAAGAAUAAAAAUUAAUUGUGUAUCGUGCGCACGAAACGAAAUGAAUUCACAUCGCGUGCAAAGUCGAUUUUUAUCUAUGUCAUGAACUAUUGAUCGAUCGAAUACAGACAAGAAUUCUAAUUACUUUCCUUUCCUCGCUGCUCGCUUCGUCCCUCUGUUUCAUUCUCAAAUAUUUGCCAAGCUGGGGCUCGCGCUACCAAACGUUGCUUCGAAACCAACCGCAUGAUCAACAAUCCCUCGAAUAGCUAAAAUCAUCGGAUAACAGUAUCGAUACCACCUCCCCCGGAAGUGGCGGAUGUUUGACGAUGGCGCGGACGCAUUUAGAGAGGCGAGAUUACGCUCUACCGAUCUGAUCGCACGGUCGUCGGCUGUAACGAAUUCGUCUCCGUUCAUUUAUUUACAGCGGUUUCGGCUUGAUUGUUUUCGUUCCCCUGUUUUUCUCUUUCACUUUCCUUUCUCUUCUCGCCAUCUCGUCGCGGCAACGAAGGGGACAGCCCGAAGGAAAAACAAAUGAGGCAGCAAAUCAAAGGGGUUCUUUUUCUCAUCUCUCUUCCUCUCGACAAUGCCUUCUUUUUCCUUUGGCUGCUUCUUUGAACUGCUUUGUGAAGCACCACGUCGUUCAUCUUCCUCUCCUUCGUUUUUUCUUUUUUCUCACCUCUUCUCUCUUCGUUUCAGACGUGCCCAGCGAGCAAUCUGUUUUCGUCAUGCUGAACGGCGAGGAGAGCGAGCUGAGAUUCCUGAACAUCGCGAACCCGAUGGUGAGCAACAACUUGUCUAUUGUGAUUGGCUCCCUAUUAGCUGGAGAGUAUACUUUUUCGAACGGGAGAGCGAGCCGAUGGUGUUGUAUUCGAUUACUACUCGCCGUUUUGAUUUCCUGCGAGACGACGCUGAUUUGUGAAUGCUUGACCUUGAUGAGAAGAGAAAAGUGGAUUGUUGGCAGAAUUUAUCGAUAGUACGUCAGUGGAGCAUCUUGAUGCGAUGUUGAUUUGUAUUAGAAAGGCUCUUUGUGAGUGCUCGAGAAAAUGAUGAAAAAGGACAGUAUAUUGGUAGAAGUUGUGUUAACAGAGACUCUCGAAUGAUUUGUAUGCUUGAAGUUUGUGUCAUAAAGGGAUGAAAGACUCGUUAUAAAGUGUUGGAAUACAUAAUCAACGCUAGAACUAUCGACAACUACCACUUGUAACUACUUCAGCAAAAUUUAUCCGAAUCCGAGAAUUUUCAUUCAUUCUGAACUUUCGAUUUUCAAUUUGUUCGAAAUUCCUGACAUAAGUCACGAACAAUUGAGACUUCGGAUCGCAGUAUUGCAAAAAUUAUUUAUUUUCACCAUCCUAGACAGUUCUAAUGUUGAUAGUCUAGUCGUUGUUCGAUUCCAAUUGCAUUAACACGUUUGUGUUUUAAAUAGCCCUUAGAGUUAGAAACGGACACGGUGUCGAUCAUCUUCUUUUAAGCCUGUUUAUACUUCUGCUUUUCGAAACAGACGGAACUGGAGGUGAUACACCCGGAUGCCUUCGUCAUCAUGUACUCCGUGAUCGAUAAGGCGUCCUUUCAGAGAGCAGAAGAGUAUCUAGAACGUCUGCACGACCAGGAUUUCCUUCGAGGGAAAUCGGCUAUACUAGUCGGGAAUAAAGUGGAUCUGGUUCGAUCCAGGGUGGUUUCUUCUCAAGAUGGCAAGUGCAUGGCGUGCACCUAUCGGGUGAAGUUCAUCGAGGUCUCGGUCGGGAUCAACCACAACGUGGACCACUUGCUGGUCGGCAUUCUCAAUCAGAUUCGGCUGAAGAAGGCUGGCAACACGGAGAACCGAACUGGGAACGGUGCUAGCGAGGGCAGCGGCCACUGGUACAAGUCGAGAGGUGUGGUACGCGCCAGCAUGAAGGCCAGACAGAUGUUGACCUGGCUGUUCGGUAAAGAGGACAGCAAGUUUAAGAACUGCGAGAAUCUCCACGUGUUUUUGAAGACUCCUGUCUGGGACCAUGGAAUAUCGAAUGUCAGUACUGUUCAUUUGCUUGCUUGUGCAUGUCAGAGAUUUCACUCUUGCUCGGUUAAGCAGUGGGAAUUGGAAACCACGGAUGCCCAGUACAACUGGAAUUUCGGGUAAGAUUGUAUUUCACUCGGUUGUGAUUUGGGAUGGCCAAUUGAGUAUCACUCGAAGCGAUUUCGUUUCUUUCGCUACCGAUUUUGGAACUGUUUUUAGGAUUCUCUUCUUUCCUGUGAAAUUCUCUUACGUAUCUUCUUUCUUUUACAUUUUUUCAAUCUUUCUUCCUUCUUAAGGGGGAGAUAAUCGAGCGAAAUUGAAUUAUAUUUCACAAUUCGAAGAGAUUCGAGAUUUCUCGAAUUCAAUCUUUCAGUUCUUAAUUCUUUUUAAAUUUAAAUUGAUACUUUUAACUCUGAAAAUUUCUUUCCAGCAAGACACAGAGAAAGACAACCAAAUGAAGUGUUGGAUAUAAAAUGUAUUUUACACGUUACGUUUUAUCUAGGGCAUAUGAAGCAUCUUCUACGUGUAUAAUUUUAAAUUUGAAUAAAUUUGGCACACUUCCUUCUAUCAUCAAUUAAAGUCUUCGUUACGUUUUUCAUUUCAUUCUUCUCGUUUAUAACGUACACAGUGCUGGAAUAUUUGCAUUGCAGACAUCUCUGGAAAAUAAUUUAUUAAUUAUUAAUGACAACGUUUCAAAUAUUUUAACGAAUACUACGGAAUAUAGUGCAUUUUGAAGCAAACGUGAAAGAGUAGCCUUAUUCAUAAUGGACGACACGUGUUGAUCUUACAACACAAGUCUUAUUUAACACAAAAUGUCCAUAAACGUUCCUAAAACAUUUACCAUUAUUUCCAGAUUUUUAUUUUGACGAUGAAACGUCAUCGAUCAUACAUUUUAUCUUUCAUUGUACAAUAAUUGAACGUGUUAUAUAUUGUUAUUUAAUACUUCUGCGACGUAAAUGUUUCUGAACAUUCCGAUUUUUGCGCAUGUAUGGAAAAUUGAAAGGUUGAAGAAUGUAUGAAACACAAUGUGCAAAAAACGUACAAAAUAUCCAAGAUUCUUUCUUUCGUUAUAUUUAUAAAAUUUGCACAAAUAUCCGCAGUCUGAACGUGUUAGUCUCUGACUAAUAAUAAUUCAACGCGUUAAUCAACAAUGCGCACGUACAUUUUGAACAAGUAGAAUCUUCUCUCAUUCUGAAAACGAUUAAAAUUUAUAUAUAUCGAAAUUUUUUUUUUUAACGUGAAAAAAAAGGAAGAUCGACAAAGACCACGAAUUCUCGAUCGUGUUAUUUCAUUGAUUUUUCGAAGUUAAAGGAUUGACAAUAGUAAAUCACGGGACGAAAUUGGCCAUUCCAACAGCGAGACAAGGUCUUCUGGGUGA